AUGUCUUCAAACCAAUAUGAUGUUGCACAAAUCAACAAUAUUACAGGUUUCACAGUUUUCCCAACUGACAAGCAAGUCAUAAUUCCAGUUGAUUGCUCGUGUUUGGGUCAGUACUAUCAAGCCAACGCGGCGUACCAGAUCCCAACUGCGCAUGAAACCUACUUUGAAAUAGCAAACAAUACAUAUCAGGGAUUGUCAACCUGUGAUGCUUUAAAGAAUGCAAAUAAUUACGGGGAGUUUGAUUUGGGACCAGGUAUGGAGUUACGGGUUCCACUACGAUGUGCCUGUCCGAGCAGGGGUCAAACGGCAGAUGGAUCCAAGUAUCUGCUGACAUAUUCAGUGGGCUGGGGUGAUAAUCUGCUUAAUUUGAGUGAAAGAUUCAAUGUCAGCGUGAAGAAAAUAAGUGAAGCAAAUGGAUUUUCUGAUGAAAAUCCAACAAUUUAUCCUUUCACGACUAUUCUAAUCCCUCUGCAUAGUGUACCCUUGAGCUCACAAUCUACACCUGGGGAUCACAGUCUCUCCACAUCGCCUCUACCUGGUUUCAGUGCUCGAAAAAGCAAAUCGAAGAGGGUUCUUUCAACAGCCGGUAUAGUUGCAGGAGGUUUUUCGCUGCUACUAGUCCUAAUUAUAAUCCUCGUCUUUCUAUUUCAUAAGAGGAAAAUAUGCAUUCUUCCAUGUCAAGAAAGUAAAAAUAUGAUGACAUUUUCUCCUAAAGACUUGAUUGUCGAAAUUGCAAGUUUUGAUCGUGUACUCAAAGUUUUCAAAUUCCCCGAAAUAAAGAAGGCUACCCAAAACUUUGGAUCCAAGACGAGGAUAAAGGGCUCUGUGUACCGUGGAGUUUUUGCUGGAGAAGUUCUAGCAGUUAAAAGGAAAAGUGGAAAUGCAAGCAUUGAAGUGAACAUGCUGUAUAAGAUCAAUCACUUCAAUAUAGUAAGACUUCACGGCAUCUGUGAACACGAUGGCUACUCAUACCUCGUCUUUGAGUACAUGAAAAAUGGUUCUCUCAGAGAAUGGCUAAGCACAAAAGGAUCUAAAGAGGCAAAAAGCUGGAAUCAGCGAAUCCGGAUUGCACUGGAUGUUGCCAAUGGACUCCUCUAUCUUCACAGCUUUACUAAACCAGCAUAUGCUCACAGCAACAUAAAAAGCAGUCACAUUCUUCUGGAUUGCAAUAUGAGGGCAAAGCUUGCAAACUUCAGUCUUGCAAGAACAUCAGGAACGGAUGAAGACGAGGAGGAAAUGACAACGCAGAUUAUGGGCACGAAAGGGUACAUGGCGCCCGAGUAUCUAGAGACAGAUCCGAUCACUCCCAAGGUCGAUGUAUUUGCCUUCGGAAUGGUACUAUUGGAAUUGAUAACAGGCAAAUAUGCUGUUGUACAUGAUGGUACUAAAAAACUGAUUUCUACAGCAAUAGCAUCCAUCAUGAAAGAAGAAAAUGCAGAGACGGAAUUGAUUCAAUUCAUUGAGCCUGGCCUCGGUGAAAAUGGUGGGAUAGAACAUGCCUUUCAAGUGGUUAAGUUAAGCUUAAGUUGCUUGGCACGAGAUCCAACCGAUAGACCGGACAUGGGUGAGGUAGUGUCGAGUCUACUGAAAAUUCAAUUGAAUUUGAAGAAGUUGCUCAGGGAGUGA